AUGCAUUCCUUAUUUACCCUGGCUCCCCUCCUCUCCCUCGCCCCCCACGCUCUCUCCAUCCCCGUGCUCCCUCGUGCUCCCUCGCCCCAGAACACGGUCGACCCAGUCCUCUCCACCGCUAACCAGUUGGUUUGCAAUAUCCUCGGCGUCCAGAUCACGGACCCCAGCACGUUCCUCGCAGCAAUCCAAGCCGGAACCGCCCAGCCGCCCUCCUCGCUCCCGCUCUCCGUCGCUGAGGACCUCCUCCAGCAAUGCAUCAACGCCAACUCCGGCGUCUUCGGUGCGCUCAACCAGAACACCGUCGCCAACGCCCCCGCUAGUUCCGCCGCGGGGGCUGACACUGGCGCGGGAGGUGCGCCCGACGGGGCAUCCAACCGGGGCGCACACUCAGGCGGCGCGAGCGCCGACGUCGGCUCGUACAGCGGUCCCAGCUUCUCUGGGUACUCCGGCGUUGCCAACAGCGCGGGUCAAGGUACCGGUACUAGUUCAUCAGGCACUGGCAACAGCGACCCCAACGCCCCCGCAGCGUCCAACGACGGAGGCAACCCCCCCGCCGCGUCCAACGAUGGAGGCAACUCGCCCGCUGCGUCCAACAACGGAGGCAACCCACCCGCGGCAUCCAACGACGGAGGCAACGUUCCCGCCGCGUCUAACCAAGGAGGCAAUGCCCCCGCUGCGUCUACUUUGGGCAACCCCGCAGCCGUCGGAAACAGCGCCGAUCCUUCUAACGCUGGCGGCGCUACUUCCUCAGCUGGCGGCGCGCCUGCGGGCGGGAACACGAACUCUGUCGCGUCCAACGGCGGCAACAGCGGGUCUGGUCCCAACGUCAACGUCAACUCGGCGGCUGGCAGCACCAGCGGUGACCCAGCUAGCUCCAACGGGGCCUCCGCGACCGCGGGCAGCGGCGGGAACUCCAACUCCGGAACGACUGCUGGUUCAUCUCCAGGCGCCAACGUCAACGUCAACUCCGCGGGGAAUACGAACUCGGGCACCCCCGCCGCCGUGUCUGCGACCGCGAACGGCGACCCUUCGGCUGCUGACAACUCUGGUAGCCCCGCGUCUGUCUCUGCUACUGCGAACGGCGACCCUUCGGCUGCUGACAACUCUGGUAACCCUGCGUCUGUCUCUGCUACUGCGAAUGGCGACAACACCGGUAACCCCGCUGCGGUCUCCGCGACCGCGAACGGCGACAACACCGGUAACCCUGCGGCCGUCGCCGCGACCGCGAACGGCGACAACACUGGUAGUCCCGCCGCCGUCUCUGCGACCGCAAACGGCGAUCCUUCGGCGGCUGCCAACAACUCCGGCAGCCCUGCAUCGGUCUCGGCGACUGCGAACGGCCAGAACGUCAACAGCAACACUGUGCCUGCAACGGUUGGCAACACUGCGAGCGGUACGGAGGGUACAGCAGGGAACGAUGCUAACGGUGCUGCAUCCAACGCCAACGGUGUAGCGUCCAAUGCCAACGGCGUCGCGUCGUCCAACGCCAACGGUGUCGCAUCCAAUGCCAACGGUGUAGCGUCCAAUGCCAACGGUGUCGCGUCGUCCAACGCCAACGGCGUCGCGUCCAACGCCAACGGUGUCGCAUCCAACGCCAACGGGGUUGCCAUUAACGCCAAUGGGGCUGCGUCGUCCAACGCUAACGGUGUCGCAUCCAACGCUAAUGGUGUUGCCUCCAACGCAAACGGGGCCGCCAUUAACGCCAACGGAGUUGCGUCGUCCAACCCCAACGACGUCGCGUCCAAUGCUAACGGUGUCGCCUCGUCCAAUGCUGACGGUGUUGCAUCGAACGCCAACGGUGCUGCAUCCAACGUCAAUGGGGUCGCCUCGUCCAACGCUGCCGGUGUUGCGUCCAAUGCUAACGGUGUCGCGUCCAAUGCUAACGGUGUCGCGUCCAAUGCUAACGGUGUCGCAUCCAACGCAAACGGGGUCGCAUCUAACGCCAAUGGGGUCGCCUCGUCCAACGCCAACGGUGUCGCAUCCAAUGCCAACGGCGUCGCGUCCAAUGCCAACGGCGUCGCGUCCAACGCCAACGGGGUCGCCAUUAAUGCCAAUGGGGCUGCGUCGUCCAACCCCAACAACGUCGCGUCCAAUGCUAACGGUGUCGCCUCAUCCAAUGCUGACGGUGUUGCGUCCAACGCUAACGGUGCCGCAUCCAACGUCAACGGGGUCGCCUCGUCCAACACCGACGAUGUUGCAUCCAACGCAAACGGGGUCGCAUCUAACGCCAAUGGGGUCGCCUCGUCCAACGCCAACGGCGUCGAGUCCAAUGCCAACGGUGUCGCAUCCAACGCCAACUCCGUAGCGGGCAACACCGUCAGCCACCCUAGCACCUCGACCCACGCGACCGCAGACUCGAGCAACCCUGCCGCAGAUGCCACCGCGAACGGGAGUGCCACGAGCGACGCGAACGCGAACUCGCCGUCGACCAACCCGUACGUCACAGAGCGCCCGACACUCUGCUUCGGGCCGUUAUGCUCGACGGAGCACUUUGGCGAAAAUCCCCAGGAUACGGGCGCCCAUACGAGCAUCCCUGGCGUGACGCAGGCGACGGAUUCAGCGGACGCGACGUGCGGAGGGGGCGCUAUCAACUUGUGUCUGGAUCUGGGUUCGGAUUCUUAG